AUGUCUACCAAGAUCCAGACGUCGUUUGGCCAUGCCCUGCCACCGGCGCCUCGACAUGCUAUUACCACACACGUGCCGACCUGGAGAUCUCUCGAACGAUUUCGAGAUCACGAUCCAGUGCUAAUGAGUUCUUUCACCAGCAUGUAUCCUCGCUUCUGGAUCCACCCAGACAUUGUGCAGCUCUCAUCGAAGAUCACCGAGUUCGCAGGCGAGAAGGAGAAAGCGUGCUUCAUCUUCCCAUCGAUUCAGACAGCUGAGCAUGCUGUUGCAUAUUCUACCUCUUCUGGCCGAGGAAAGGACGCGGUGCCGGCUGAUCAGAUUGCGAUCCGGAUUUUCAUGGCACAGAUCCCAUUAUUUGUGGUUUUCUUCCCUCCCCCCGCCGCAGGUGUGGUUCAUGGGUUCUGGGUUCACGCUGGAUCAGGGAUCUCUUCGCGUCUGGCAGAAGAAACCUUGAAACACUUGGACAGGCUCACGGAAAUGCAAGUCGACGACCCGAGGCUGGUCAGGGCAGCUGAUAGCCCUGCUCACACUACCCUGAGGCAGAGAAUUGCAGGGCUCCUGGAACGUGCUCCUGCGGGCCCUCCGCGGGAGAAGAAAGUGGGCGAGCACGAUGUCUACCUUUUCCAGACCGGAAUGUCUUCAAUCUACUGGGUUCAUCAAUAUCUGCUCAGCAAGUAUAACUCUACGAGUGUCUUGUUCGGAUUUGCUUUCCACUCCACGAUCCAUAUCUUAGAGGACUUUGGCCCCGGCUCCGAGUUCCUCGGGCUGGGGACAGGCGAGGAGAUUGACAAGCUUGAGCAACACCUCUCGGUGCUGUCACAACAAGGCAAGACUCCUCAAGCCAUCUGGGCCGAAUUUCCGUCCAAUCCAUUACUCGUGACGCCGGAUCUCUUUCGACUGCGGAAGCUCGCCGACAAACACGGGGUUUUGCUCAUCAUCGACGAGACGAUCGCCAGCUUCUGCAGCGUGGACCUCCUCGGCGUUGCCGACAUCGUGGUUUCCUCGCUGACGAAAUCAUUCAGCGGCUAUGCAGACCUGAUGGCAGCCAGCGCGGUGCUGAAUCCUUCCUCCAAGCGGUACGACGAACUGAAAGAAUUGUUCAGCAACCAAUACGUCAACAACUUCUUCGCCGCCGAUGCCGAGAAGCUCGAACAAAACAGCCGCAACUACCUGGAGCGCUCGGCGGUGCUCAACAACAACGCCGAACGCGUCGUCGAAUACCUGCAGGCUCAAGUGGCAAAUCCGAACAGCUGUUUGAAGAAGGUCUACUAUCCUACGGUGUCGGCUUCACUGGACAACUACAAGCCGUUCAUGCGCCAGACGACGCCAGAUUUCAAGCCGGGAUAUGGAUCACUCUUGAGCGUGGAAUUCAACACGCUGGACGCGACGGUUGCCUUCUACAAUAAUCUGAAUGUGCACCAGGGCCCGCAUUUCGGGGCGCACUUGUCGUUGAGUAUGGGCUACACUAUAGGCAUCUACGGUAAGGACCUGGACUGGGCGGCUAAGUACGGUCUCGUAACGGAGCAGGUCCGCAUCGGCGUGGGCCUGGAGGAUACGCAAGAGCUAUUGGCUGUGGUCAAGGAGGCGCUGGCGGCCGCUGAUGCGUUGGUGAAGAACUAG